AUGGACUCAACCCUCGCCAGUGAGCCGGGAGGCUCAGAUGAUACCGCGUCGCAGCCCCAGCAUGACCGCCCGACCUCUGCCGUCCUGGACAUGGACAAGAUAGACAAAGUCGACCGUGCCAGCUCCGUCGCGACGAGCAUGGACGUCCCGGCCGGCGGGCCCAAUGCAUACCAUGUGUCUCUCGGUGUGGGCAACCACCUGAGUCUCGACGAUGUCGCGCCUGUGGAUGUCCAGAUUCGGAACCUCGAUGUGACCGUGGAUACCUCCCCUUCCGUCCUGGAGCCGGCGACAUACCCGGCGCUGCUCAAGGACCGCUUCGGCGGCUCCAAGGCCAGGCCAGACCCAUCAUCGUAUACCAAGGACCUCUUGUCAUCCGUCUCGGCGUCCCUCGCCCCGGGCACACUGACCGCGAUCCUGGGGGGCUCCGGCUCGGGCAAGACGACCCUGCUGAACACGGUAUCCUCGCGCAUAUCCUCGUCCCGCCUCAGCCAGUCCGGGAGCAUCCUCUUCAACUCCCAGCCGAGCAUCGACGCCAUCCGCUCCGCAUACGUGACCCAGACCGACAUUCUGCUGCCCACCCUGACGGCGCGGGAGACGCUGCAGUACUCGGCCGACCUGCGCCUCCCGCCGCCCUCAACGGCGGCCGAGCGGCGGCGCGUCGUGGAGGAGGUCAUCAUGGAGCUGGGGCUCAAGGAGGCGGCCGACACGCGCGUCGGGAGCACCACGCACCGCGGCCUGUCGGGCGGCGAGAAGCGGCGGGUGUCGAUCGGCGUGCAGAUGCUUGCGAACCCGAGCGUUCUGUUCCUCGACGAGCCCACCACGGGCCUCGACGCCAGCAGCGCCUUCCAGCUCGUCCGCACGCUCAAGAACCUCGCCGCCAAGGGGAGGACGGUCAUCGUCACCAUCCACCAGCCGCGCUCCGAGAUCUGGGGCCUGUUCGACAACCUGAUCCUUCUGUCGCGAGGUUCGCCCGUCUACUCGGGCCCCGUGGCCGAGUGUAUUCCUUGGUUUGAUGGGCUCGGCUUCAGGAUGCCACCGUUCGUCAACCCGGCUGAGCACCUGGUCGACCUGGCGGCCGUGGACAACCGAACCCCUGAGCUAGAGGCCGAGAGCUUGGCGCGGGUGGAGCAGCUCAAGGGCGCGUGGGGAGAGGAGAACGAGAGGCGUUUCACGCCGACCGAGAAGAGUACGGAGGCACCAGCAGAGCGCGGCAUGACGCUGAGGAGGCACACGAACGCGACCUCCUUCGCCCGCCAGAUGCGCGUCAUGACCUCGCGCACCUUCAAGACGACGUACCGCGACCCAAUGGGAAUGAUGGCCGCCAUAAUGCAGGCCGUCAUCAUGGGGCUGUGCACGGGGUACAUCUUCUACCAGCUUGGGCGGGACCAGGCGGGCAUCCGGUCGCGGCAGGGCUUCCUCUACACGACGAGCGCGCUAGAGGGCUACCUCUUCCUCGUCUUCGAGGUGUACCGCCUGACGCAGGAGAUCGGCGUCUUUGACCGUGAGCAUAGCGAAGGGUGCGCGACGGCGCUGCCGUUCCUCGCAUCUCGCCGCCUGGCCAGGUUCAUCACGGAGGACUUGCCGGUUCCGCUCAUCUUCGCCGUAAUUAGCUACUGGAUGGCAGGUCUGGACCAGGAGCCUUCCCGGUUCCUGACGUACUUUGGGAUCGUGCUGCUCAACCAUUAUAUUGCUGUAACGUGCGCGAUGUGUUGCGUCACCGCCAGCAGGAACUUCCCCGGCGCAAGCUUGAUCGCCAACUUGGCGUAUACCCUGCAGUCGAUGGCGUGUGGGUAUUUUAUACAGAGCAACAGCAUCGCGGUGUGGCUGCGGUGGUUGAAGUACUUGACUUAUACGUAUUACAUCUUCAGCGCCCUCUGCGGGAACGAGUUCCACGACUCGUUCUACGACUGCCCAUAUCCCGGCGGGGAGUCCAACCCCUCAUGUGCUCCGUUCACCGGCGCAUACAUCAUGAAAUCCCUCGGCUUCCCAAAGGACUGGCUGAAAGCACCCAUAGUCGUGGCGCUGGCUUUUGUAAUCUUCUUUUACGUCCUGUCUUGGAUCGGACUCACAUUCGUCAAGAAGGAGAUGACCAUCGCGCGGGCCCGCGUGUCGGAGCACGACUUCUCCGCCGGCAAGGAAAAGCUGGCUGCGCGGUCGAUCGAGGCGAUCCGCACCAUUGACGUCGGGCUAGACAAGUUCGCUCUCGACCUGGACAAGAGGUCGCCGUGGGGCAAGAAGCUGCCUAGGAAGACAAUUCUGCACCCGGUGACGUCGACUUUCGAGGCGGGCAAGCUGAACGUGAUCAUGGGGCCCAGCGGCAGCGGCAAGACGUCUCUCCUGAACGCCAUGGCGCUGCGGCUCAAUAGCUCGCUCGGCACCAGGUACCGCCCGGCGGGCAAGUUGACGUUCAACGGCGCAGAGCCCUCCGACUCGGUCAUUCGCUCGGUGUGCUCGUACGUCUGCCAGGAUGACGACGCUCUCCUCCCGUCCCUCACUGUCCGCGAGACAUUGCGCUUUGCGGCUGGGCUCCGCCUGCCCAGUUUCAUGAGCAAGGCGGAGAAGAACCGCCGCGCCGAGGAGGUGCUGCUCAAGAUGGGGCUGAAGGACUGUGCGGAUAAUCUCAUCGGCAACGAGCUGGUUAAGGGUAUUUCCGGUGGUGAGAAGCGCCGCGUGACGAUUGCUGUUCAGAUAUUGACGGAUCCUCGUAUCUUGCUGUUGGACGAACCCACCAGUGGGCUGGAUGCGUUCACGGCCAACUCGAUCAUGGAAGUCCUGCGUGGUCUUGCCGCUGAAGGCAGAACCCUGAUCCUGUCGAUCCACCAAGCCCGAUCGGACUUGUUCUCCCACUUUGGGAACGUCUUACUGCUUGCCAGAGGUGGCAAGUCUGUGUAUAGCGGAGCAGCUGGUGAUAUGUUGGGGUACUUCGCGCGGCGUGGGGGGAAGAACCUCAACAACCCCCAGACCUCUGAUAUCCAUACGGUCGCGACCCAAGAGAGGCUGGAGCCCAUCACCGAAGAGAAGACCAACGGGUCCCCACGGCCAUCCCGAGACAACAACACCACCGCCCAGCAGGGCCAACCACGACGGUCCAACGGCAAGAGCCACCUCGCCACGCCCGCCGAGCUGGGCGCGCUCGUCCGCAAGCGAACCUCGUUCCUGACCUCGUUCCCGCUCCUCCUGCACCGCGCAACCAUCAACUUCAGGCGGCAGCCGCCACUGAUCCUGGCACGGCUGAUGCAGGUGGUCGGGCUGGCGGUGGUGCUGACGGCCUUCUUUGCACCACUCAAGUCGGAUUACACGUCGGUUCAGAACCGUGUCGGCUUCGUACAACAAGUCGGGUCCUUCUACUUCGUGGGGAUGCUGCAGAACGUGGCCGUGUACCCAGCGGAGCGAGACGUCUUCUACCGCGAGCACGACGACGGCGCGUACGGGGUCGAGUCCUUCCUGCUGACGUACACGGCGCUCGAGCUCCCCUUCGAGGUGGUCUCGACGCUCCUCUAUGGUGUACUAGCAGACCUGGCCGUCGGGUUCCCGCGCACGGCCGAGAUGUACUUCGUGUGCGUGUUCGCGUGCUUCGGCAUCGUCAGCUGCGGUGAGAGCCUGGGGAUCAUGUUUAACACCCUCUUCUCCGACCACACCGGCUUCGCUGUCACGCUGACCAGCAUCCUGCUAUCCGUCGCCAACAUCAUGGCGGGCAUCAUGAGCAUCGACAUGCCGCCGCUCUUCGACGCCUUCAACUACAUCAGCCCCUGCCGGUAUGCGGUGCGCGCCCUCGCGCCUGUCAGCCUGCGGGGCCAGCGGUUCAGCUGCGACGCGGACCAGACGCUGCCUGAUGGGAGCUGCGUGCUUGGGACGGGGGAGCAGGUGCUGGACCUGUACAGGCUGGACGUGGAUGUUGUGGUGAACAUUGCUGCGCUAGCGGGGAUCAUCGUCGCUUAUCGACUCGUUGCGUAUCUGCUGCUGAGGCUGGUUCGUACGAAGUGGGAGAGGAAGGGGAAGGUGGUCAAGUAG